AUGUAUAGAUUCAGUUUUCCUCUACUACUGCGAAAUUAUGGUAGUGGGACCAAGCAGUCAGUUUUUCCAAAUAGAUUGAAGGUAUUAAGAUCCAAGCUAGUCCUAGGAACAUGCGGUGUAGUGUGUGGAUAUGUUGGGUUUUUGCUGCUUACAGAUAGUGAAGAUACACCAGAAUACUAUCCUCGUCAUAUAGCUGCUGCACUUUGUCGGCACAUUCCACUGAACAGUUUGUCUAAAUUUUGGGGUCGGUUGGCUGAAUGUCAUAUCCCAGUAUUCUUAAGACCUAUAAUCUACCAUUCCUACUCGCAAUUGUUCCGUUGUGAUUUAAGCGAAGUUGAAAAUCCUGACUUAAAAAGCUAUACGUGUCUAUCAGAUUUUUUUAUCCGAAAGAUUGCUACAGAUAAACGUCCUAUUCAUUAUUCGGCGUCAUUAGUUAGUCCUGUUGAUGGUGAAGUACUCCAUUGUGGUCCGAUUAAUUCAAAAAAUGCUGUUUUAGAACAAAUUAAAGGAAUUCGUUAUUCAUUAGAUGAAUUUCUUGGUCCAAUGGGAAGCAUAGAAAGUUUGAAUGGGAAGAAAUCUGAUCGUACCCUUUAUCAAUGUGUUAUUUAUUUAGCUCCAGGAGAUUACCAUCGAUUUCAUAGUCCUGUUGAAUGGAUUCCUACAGUUAGACGGCAUUUUCCAGGCAGAUUACUUUCAGUACGUCCAAAUAUUGCUGGACGUCUACCAGGUCUAUAUACUAUCAACGAGCGUGUAGUUUAUUUAGGAGAAUGGGAUCAUGGAUUGAUGUCACUUGCAGCAGUUGGUGCAUUCGGUGUUGGUAACAUACACGUAAAUAUCGAUCCAACAUUAAUUACAAAUAAGAAAGAGGAUAAUGCAUUACGUUUUCGUUCUUCAAAUACACAAAUAAUGAUAAAUCAAGAAUACAAAGCACCAUACUUAGAAGCAAUACUUAAUGAUGAUAUAAAACUAAAGAAAGGUGAUGAAUUCGGCUAUUUUCGUUUGGGAUCUACAGUUGUUCUGGUUUUUGAAGCACCUACAAAUAAAAUGAAAUGGUGUGUUAAGCCAGGUCAACGAGUUAAACUUGGUGAACCAAUUAUAAUAGAUUGUUAA